GCCGCGCGCGCGCGACAUGGCCCCGCCCCCGCCCGCCGCCGGCGACGCCGCGGCCGCCGCGGACCAGGACGGGAAGGGGAGGCGCCACCGGCGGCGGCGGCCGGACUGCGCCGGCGCCGGCGCGCGUCUCCUGUCGCUCGGCGUGCAGGCGGCGGUGAUGGCCGCCGCGCUCGCGCUGUUCCUCCUCUUCGCCGCGGCGGCCGCCAUCCUGCUGCUCCACCUCGUCGUCGCGGCCCGGGCGUUCCGGAACCAGCGCCACGGCGGGGCCGGGAGGAGCCGGUACCGCGUCCCGGAGACCUCGUACACGCCCUCCCGCGCCGGCCUCUCCCCCGCGGACCUCCGCUUCCUUCCCUGCUUCGCCGCGUCCGCCUCCGCCUCCGCCUCGCCGGAGCUCUGCGCUGUUUGCCUUGAGGCCGCGUGCGCGGGCGAGCGGUGGCGCGCGCUGCCCGCCUGCGGCCACGCGUUCCACGCCGCCUGCGUCGACCGGUGGCUCGCCAGGGCGGCCGCCUGCCCCGUCUGCCGCGCCUCCGUCUCCGCCUCCGCGAGCUGAUGGCGAGAAAUCCUUGCCGUGAGAAGGGAGCAAAGGCGCUGCCAAUCGCGCACCCGCCGUGGUGGCGACGCAACCCCCAUGUAAACUCUGUAAGGUUUGGCCCCCCCGUUAGGUGUUCGGCUAAAUGCCUUUACUUUGAUCAUGAUGUGUAGUGUACUAGUUUUAGCUGUACAUUUUGCAUGCUUCUUUCUGCUGUUGUAACCAAAGAAGAAACGAAAGCAUGCAUACAAGUUUCCCUUUUCACAUAAUCUUGCGGCGUUAACUCUGUACUAUUCUGUAGUUUUUCUUGCAGUAGUAGGCAUUGUGUAGUUUAUGCCUAUCAUGUUGCUUGCACAGCAACUUGUGAAUUUUCAUACUCAUACAUGAAUUGUUGGUGUGUUGGAAA